CCGGCCCCAUGCCCGCAGCCCCGCCGGACCGCCCUUGAGCGCGGGCGUCGCGCCCGCGCCCCCUACCCGCCGGCACCAUUGCCCCGACGGCGCGGCCGGGUGGCCCGGCUCUCCCCAGGCUCCGCGCCGGCCGGAAGACGCUGUUGGCAGCCGCCGCGGGCGUGGUGAUGCUGCUCGUGCUGGUGGUGCUCAUCCCCGUGCUGGUGAGCUCGGGCGGCCCGGACGGCCACUAUGAGAUGCUGGGCACCUGCCGCAUGGUGUGCGACCCCUACCCCGCGCGGGGCCCCGGCGCCGGCGCGCGGUCCGACGGCGGCGACGCUCUGAGCGAGCAGAGCGGUGCGCCCCCGCCCUCCACGCUGGUGCAGGGCCCCCAGGGGAAGCCGGGCCGCACCGGCAAGCCGGGCCCCCCCGGGCCUCCAGGGGACCGGGGUCCUCCGGGACCUGUGGGGCCGCCCGGAGAGAAGGGUGAACCAGGCAAGCCUGGCCCUCCUGGCCUGCCUGGUUCAGGAGGCAGCGGCGCCAUCAGCACGGCCACCUAUACCACGGUGCCACGCGUGGCCUUCUACGCCGGCCUCAAGAACCCUCACGAGGGUUACGAGGUGCUCAAGUUUGACGACGUGGUCACCAACCUGGGCAACAACUACGACGCGGCCAGCGGCAAGUUUACAUGCAAUAUUCCUGGCACCUACUUUUUCACCUACCACGUCCUCAUGCGCGGCGGCGACGGCACCAGUAUGUGGGCGGACCUCUGCAAGAACGGCCAGGUACGGGCCAGCGCCAUUGCCCAGGAUGCAGACCAGAACUACGACUAUGCCAGCAACAGCGUGAUCCUGCAUCUGGACGCUGGCGAUGAGGUCUUCAUCAAGCUGGACGGAGGCAAAGCGCACGGUGGCAACAGCAACAAAUACAGCACUUUCUCUGGCUUCAUCAUCUACUCGGAUUGAGCCCCUGCAUCUUUUUUCCAUCCGUGGCUCUUCAUCCCUGGGUCUGCCCUCUCGGGGAAAGGCAAACAAGAACCCAUUCCCUACUCAUUUUCAAAAUUGCCUGGUGCAGGCUGCCGACCCUCCCAGGCUGAAUCGCCCCUAAACCGCCUCCACCACCCAGCCCAGGCCUUUAAGCUACGGAGCACAAAGGCCCCCUCUCCCCGCACGCAGUUCCGGCCCGGGGGGCAGGUUGCCUUCCUGGUCCCAGCCUGCACUGUAUACGCCUGUACAAUAGGACUGUUUACUGCCCACCCCCUCCUCCCAGUGGGGGGGGCGGGGAGUUGGCGCGGUGGCUUCCUGCAGGGUGACCCUGCCUUGGUGAGUAGCUGCUUAGGGGCCGGAUAGCUUCCCAGCACCCACAAAACCCUGGAACAGCUGCGCCCGGUCUGACCAAAGCUAUAAUAAAAACAUUUCCACCCCGUGGGGAUUUCAGUCUGUGCCCUGGGGAAGUCUGUAGGUGGCACCCCAGGCCCCUGUCCUCUAGACUGGCAAGGAAUGCUGCUCCAGGAGGGGAGGGGCCAGAAGGUCUGACGCUCACCGCAGCCCAAAGGGGCAGCUGAGUGGGAAGCAAUCCAGUCACACCUUAUGUGGUGGUAA